UUGUAGCGAAGUGUCAUUUCAGUGUUGUCACAUGAGAAUAUAUAAUCAAAUACUUUUGUGAGAUACUGUAUGUAUGCGAGCACACAUAUCCGCACACAAUAAAGACAUCUCCCUGCGGGGACAAAAAAAAUCCCAUUCAAAAUCCUAGCUUCUCUAGCCCACGCCCCACCUUUGGCCCUCACAAGUAAAACAAACACACACAAAGAAAUUCACAAAUUUCCUGCCAUUUAAUCUCUAAACUAACAUAGACAGUAGACACAAAUACCAACACAGGUUUACCUCAUGCUGUUCCCUUCCCUUUGCUCAGACUCACACCCCUUAUAGUUUCACACAUCUACACACACCCCACACCCUGUUUUUGUACAUCAUAUUCCUUUCUCAAUUUGGAAACAUUUGAUACACACGGAAGGCAUGUAGAUACACACCCAUAGACAACAAAAAAAGGUUUUCAGGUUGUACGGUGCCAUGUAGCGAUGAAAACUCACACACAAACAUGAUUGAAGCCCCAUGCAACUAACCGCUCAUACAUGCACCGGACAUAUGGGGACACUCUCUGUUUCCUGUUUGUCACAGAAAGGUUUCCCACAGUGUUGCUGACAAGCUGACAGCACCGACCCUGUGGCUAGCUAGUGUCUGGAGGCAGUAUGAACACAUUGGGGCGUUGUUUACUGAUAAAUUGGGGAUACGCCUGGGUUGAAGUAAAUAUUUAGCGAUAGAUACAAGGCUGUUUCUCUUCAGGAUCAACAGGGAAUGCUAUGUCUUUGGUGGGUGGGUACACGUGUAUAUAGAACAAUUUGUCUGUUUUUGUUGUUAAAUCAACAUGCCAUGAUGGCACAUUUGUGACAUAAUAACAUGUGCAUAAACCAUUCAUAAACAACUUCCAAAAAACAUCCUGCAACAUACACACACACACACAUGCUCACACACACACACACAUGCUCACACUCACACACACAUGCUCACACUCACACACACACACACACAUGCUCACACACACACAAACACACAGCGCUAAUAGCAUGUCUGUUCUAUGUAAGUCUUGGGGCCUUGUCAGGGAGAUACCAGGGAGCUGUUGGUGUCUGCUUUUGUUCAAGUCAUAAGAGUCAUCAAGGCGUUUGGCUGUUUCAUUGUGUGGGUCAGUGUGUGUGUGUGUGUGUGCUGUGAUCAUGUCUUGAAUACAGUUUAUCUAUUGCUGUCAUUCACAGUUCUUUCUACACACAGUUCUGUUUAUUGUCCUGGCAUUACUUCAUGGAUCUGCCAGGUUUCUGACUUGCUUCUGUCUUUGAUUUGAUGUAGUUCACCUUCCACAGAUGUUCUGUCGUUCCUCAUUCUUUCCACUAUUGAAUGCAGUAGCUCUGGGAAACAUCCAGAAAAAGAGUGUUGGAGGAGAGAAGGAACAAAAUCGUGUCCAUGUCUCAGUUUAAGCUACAGAAUGUGGAGGACUACUACGAAAUUGGAGAAGUGCUUGGCAGUGGCCACUUUGGACAGGUGCGUGCGGUGCUGGAGCGUGCGUCAGGCGUCCGCUGGGCGGGAAAGUUCCUGAAGCUCCGUCGGAAUGCCAGCAGCCGACUGGGCCUGGAGAGGCUGAGCGUGGAGAGGGAGGUGGAGAUACUGCAGAGCCUGCAGCACCCCAACAUCAUGGCCCUCAGGGACGUGUUUGAGAGUCGAGCCGAGGUGGUCCUCAUCGUGGAGCUUAUCUGUGGUGGGGAGCUGUUUGAUUUCAUAGCAGAGAAAGAGAGCCUGUCUGAGGAUGAAGCCAUAGAGUUUCUGAAGCAGAUACUCAAGGGAGUUGCCUUCAUGCACAGUAAACACAUCGCCCACUUUGACCUCAAGCCGGAGAACAUCAUGCUGGCUGACAAGACAGUGCCACACCCCCACAUCAAGAUGAUUGACUUUGGACUGGCCCACCGCCUCACACCGGGGGAGGAGUACAUGAGCCUGAGUGGGACCCCACAGUACAUCGCCCCUGAGGUGAUUAACUAUGAGCCCCUGAGUGAGGCAGCCGACAUGUGGAGUAUUGGUGUGAUAACCUACAUAUUGUUGAGCGGCUUGUCCCCCUUUCAAGGAGAAAAUGAUGAGGAGACACUAAAGAACAUUGUGGGGAUGAUAUACGAGUUUGAAGACAUCUAUUUCAGCCAGACCAGUGCCAUGGCCAAAGACUUUAUUGAAAAAUUGCUAAUCAAAGAUGCAGUAGAGAGAAUGACUGCAGAGGAAUGUCUACUGCACCCGUGGAUUAAGCCUCUCACGCGCAAACAGGCAGCUAAUAGAAGUCGAUCAUCAAUCAACAUGAAGAGCUUUAAGAAGUUCAAUGCAAAGAGGAAAUGGAAGAUGUCCUAUAAUAUGGUGUGGGCAUGUAACAGACUCUUUCGUCUGCAGUUGCAGUGUAAAAACCGGUCCCUCGAGCAGCCAGAACUGAGGCAGUGUGAGAGCGACCAGGAGGACACUGAUACCAAGCCUGCGUCUCUCAUCCGCCGACGACUCAGCAGCAGUUCCUGAAGAAGACCACACGUGGGCACUAACAGGCCAAACAGCCUCUGUCCCACUAUGGGAGAAUGGAAACGCAUCUAGUGAGUGAUCAGCUGUGUGAUGCACCUACUAAUCAUAUAGUGAGUAUGCCAGUGGCAGUAUGGUUAAGGAACCUGGAAUGUGCUGGUGCCAAAACCAGUGUUAGCCCAGUAGCCACAGAGUUGAAGCAGAGGCAUUAAUUAUGGGAGCUAAGACAAAGGUCCUUAUGAAGUCAGUGUGGUUCACUUCCCCCAUUUUAUAUUAUGUGAAAUAUAUUUUUCUGUGCCAUUUAAGUUUGACAUUUUUUAUCAGAAAAUGCUUAAUAUUUUUGGGGUGUGCAAGUUUACGGGAUACAUUUUGUCCCACUUAUAGCUAACCUCACUGAAAUUAUUAUGCCUUUAAUAUUAUGUGGUUAUUUAUAUAUUUUGUCUCUAAUAUUUCUGACCAAUGACCAAUGUCUGUCAAAGAACAAGAAACAUUUUCAAAUAUGUUUCUAACAUCUGCAUUUUAAACAAGUAACAUGAAAAAUACAUAUAGUUUAUGAUCUGAAUGUUUGAUACACAAUUACAGGAAUGACAUCAUAUACUGAAUUAUCCUAAACACAAUUAGUCAUAUUUAGAAAAGAAUGCCCUGAAACACAACUAUUACCACUGUUGGAUUGUCAUUUUAUAAUUGAGGUUCUUGUUGGCAAAUCAAUACACUUUUAGAUGCUGCCCACUUAACCCAGAUGUUGAUUUAUCGCAGAAGGUUUUUGUUUUUUUAAUUCUUAGGUAGCACCUACCCCUACAUUUCCAUGGAUAUUCUUAGUAUGUUACUAAAUGCAUCUAGAGUAUAUUCUGAUUUUGUUAUUGGCAAGUGCUGUGAAAAAUAGAAACAUGACGACAAGCACAUACAGUGAAAUCAUCUGUGUAACGUUAAUAGACCCAGUCUUGUGAGAUCAACUGCUGUGUGCUCAUGUGUGGUUGGAUCAUCUCUUCAUAGAAGAGGGAUGUGUUUUUGUUGAGUGUAAAGAUGUCAAUUAGACUGGGAGUUUGAUCUAAUAAUAGUAGUUGAUUUAAAGUGUUUUCAUAAUGCAUUGUUAUUAAUGGUGAGGUCCUGACAGAAUCAUUUGGCAAUACACAGAAGGUGUAAAUAUAUGUAACAAAUUUAACUUCCCUAAAGGAUUACGAUAAUAGGCUGAAAUAUUAUUUUUUGUAAUUGUAUAUCAUAAUUGAAUGAACCUACUGUGAUACAGUUACAUCUGUGUACAUUACGGAACUGAGUAUUUAAAAUGAAAGUGAACUGUUGUAAUAGUGUGUAGAGCCGGAUAAAGCCUUAUCUCACAUUCAAAUGUAGAUAAUUUUUUUUGACCGACUCCCACGUGGCACAUCGGUGUAAUGCUCAGAUUCGUAGCCCCCGGUUGAGCACCUCAGUGUAACUUCAAGCCUUGACUCUGCCACUGGCUGACGACAGGCUGAGAAGCCUAAUGGCCGAUGCUGAUUGGCAAAGUUACACUUUUUUUAACUGGGAAAUCUAUUUAUUUAGCCCUCUUUAAGCCUAUUUGUUGUAUUUCAUAAACAUUUCAGUGUUUACGAUGGCCCAACUAUGUUUUAGUUGUGAAAUGUGAGAUGAAUAAAAUAAUUAAGAGAC